CUCCUCGUGUGUAUAUAUAUACAUAUAUCUUGAGAAAAAGGAUUUCAUAUCAAAACUUGUGAAGUGGUGCAAGAGUUUUGGGUUUAAUAAGAAAAAGAUGGCAAUUGGGGAAUGCAUAGAUGUUGAGAAUGGUGAGAUUAUGAUUAGGAAUAAUAAUAACAAUAAUAUUCUUGAAGAUUUGGAGCAACCAUUAAUCAUAAAUAAUAAGAAAGUGAAGAAGAUUGUUGCCUAUGAAGAUGAAGAUGAAGAUAAUAGUACGGUCGAUGAAAGUGGCUCCAUUGGGAUGGUUUUGUUCAGCACUUUUGUUGCUGUUUGUGGAUCUUUCGAGUUUGGAUCAUGUGUGGGUUUUUCAGCUCCCACUCAAUCUGCUAUCAGGGAAAGUCUAAAUCUCUCCUUAGCUCAGUAUUCCAUGUUUGGUUCUAUAGUAACAAUUGGUGCAAUGGUUGGAGCCAUAACAAGUGGCCGGAUUUCAGAUUUCCUUGGCCGUAAAGGGGCAAUGAGAAUCUCAGCUGGUUUUUGCAUCACUGGAUGGUUAGCUGUUUACUUAGCCAAGGGAGCAAUGUCACUUGACAUGGGAAGAUUAUUCACAGGAUAUGGCAUUGGAAUUUUCUCUUAUGUGGUCCCAAUAUAUAUAGCAGAGAUAUCACCCAAGCAUCUCCGUGGAGGUCUUACAACACUAAAUCAGCUCAUGAUUGUUCUUGGAGCAUCAUUUGCAUUCAUAAUAGGGACAGCUAUAAGCUGGAGAUCAUUAGCUCUAACUGGACUUGUUCCAUGCAUUGUGUUAUUGAUUGGUCUACAUUUUGUUCCUGAGUCCCCAAGAUGGCUGGCUAAGGCUGGUCAUGAAAAAGAGUUUCAAGCUUCACUGCAGAGACUUCGAGGCAAAGGAGCCGAUAUCACAAGUGAAGCUGCUGAAAUCCAAGUAUAUAUUGAAACACUUCACAGUCUUCCAAAAGCCAGUGUAGUAGACUUGUUUCAAAGCAAGUAUAUUCGUUCUGUCACUAUUGGAGUUGGACUGAUGAUUUUCCAACAAUUUGGAGGCAUUAAUGGAAUUGGAUUCUAUGUUAGUGAAACCUUUACAGAAGCUGGACUUUCAGGCAACACAGGAACCAUUGCCUAUGCUUGUGUUCAAGUUCCAAUAACUGUAAUGGGAGCAAUUUUGAUGGACAGAACUGGAAGAAGACCACUCAUUAUGGUGUCUGCAACUGGAACAUUUCUAGGCUGCUUUAUGGCAGGAACUUCUUUCUUACUCAAGGAUCAAGGAUUGCUACUUGAAUGGGCACCCCUAAUAGCUGUUGCUGGAGUACUGAUUUUUAUAGCCUCUUUCUCAAUUGGAUUGGGGGCAGUCCCUUGGGUGAUUAUGUCUGAGAUCUUCCCAAUUCAUGUGAAGGGAAUUGCUGGAAGUAUGGUGGUGAUGGUGAACUGGUUAGGAGCUUGGGCAAUAUCCUAUACAUACAACUUCUUUAUGAGCUGGAGUGCCUAUGGAACUUAUUUCAUCUACUCUGGAUUUUCUCUAUUGGCUGUUCUGUUUGUGGCCAUUUUAGUCCCAGAGACAAAAGGCAAAACACUUGAAGAGAUUCAGGCUUGCAUUAAUGCAGACAGAAGAAAAAACCAAGUUUUAAACUGAUCAUGAUGAAACCCAAAAAGCUUGGAAAUAAUUUUGAUAUUUGAUUCUUGCCCAUGUAAUCUACUCCCAUUGAUUUGGUGGUGAAAAAAUUUGAUGUGGGCAAUUCAUAGUUUAUCUUGCUUGUUAUAUAUAAAUAUAUAUUAGAAUGUGAAGAGAUUAUUAGGCUUAAUUAAAGAGAAAGAAUGAAAUAGUUCAUUACUUUUGCAAGAGAGAGGAAGAGUACUUAAAGUUGUUAGUAAUGAUUAUUAUCAUCAUUAUUUUGUUGUAGAGAGUGAUAUGAUGGGUAGUAAAUUUAUUCAAUGUAGAGAAGAAGAUUUUUCUUCUUUUAUUGUGCUAUUAAAAGCUCAAUAUGUAUCAUUUUUCAA